GCCCCCGCCGUCAGGGAGAGGAUGAGGCAGCCAUUGAGAAGACGGUGCAGGGAGUGACCCCCCCCCCCACGCCGCCUCAACCAAUGAGGGAGGGGGAGACGGGAGCGCCAGCGGCAUCAGCAUCGAUUCAACUCUCCACAAAGUCUUCCAGCUCUGACAGCGCCGUGCGAACGGCGUCUCGACCUCCAGCAACAUCACAAUCUGUUCUUCAGAGAUUUCCAAGAAGUUCAUGUUCUCCAUGGGAACCAGGAGAAUCUCUGGAAGCAGCUGCCGCCUGGAAGUCCUGGCCCCGGGGCCCUCUCCCUGCCUGUGACACGACCACUGCCUCUCCAGCACCGAUGUAGCCAUCCCGGCCGGCCACCGAGGAGUCGGACACCAUGAGAAGCGGCUGCUGCCCCAGGGGAUGGUCAGAGAUCCUGCUGACUCUGCUGCUCAUGUGCUCCUUUGUCUCUGGCUGCCCCUCCGGUUGUACCUGCGCCUCCGAUCUCUUGAGCUGCACCAGAGCAGCUCUGACCAAGGUCCCCGAGAACCUGCCCCCCACAUCCGUCACUUUGGACUUAAGUCACAACAGUCUGCACUCCCUGCACAGUUACUGGCUGUCCGCAGUCCCUCACCUCCACGUCUUAUGCCUCAACCACAACGAGUUCAAGCGGCUGCCGGCCGGGGCCUUCCACAAUGCCACCAACCUCAGGCACCUGGACCUCUCCUCCAACAAGCUCCAGAGCAUCCGGGCAGAACACUUCCAUCAUCUCCUGAGCCUGGAGGAACUCCUGCUCUACAACAACCACAUCAGCCACAUGGAGGAGGCCGCCUUCACCAGACUGCACAACAUCCGAAAGAUCUACUUGAGCUGGAACAACCUGAGCGCCUUCUCCUUCAGCUCCAUGUGCAACCUGACUCACCCCAAUCUCCGCACCCUGGACCUGUCCUCCAAUAAGUUCCUGGAGCUGCCGGUGGACGAGAUGUCCGCUCUACCUGCGUUCAUCAAGAACGGCCUUUACCUGCACAACAACCCCCUCACCUGCAGCUGCACGCUCUACACCCUCCUCAGCCAGUGGAAGCAGCGGGGCUUCUCCUCCGUCCUGGACUUCUGGCAGGAGCACACCUGCCUCUACAUGGGAAAGCCUCGUGCCGUGGUUCGCAUCUUGGAGUCCCAGAAUGGACUUGACAAUUGCUCUACUGGACUUGGACAACAACUUGGAGACACUGGUCUGAAGGUUUUGGUGGGGAGGAGAGUGAUGGUGACCUGUAAUACCAGCCUGCCCCAGGAGAAUACCACCUACCUCUGGAUCUCACCCGCCUACAACUUCAUCUUCCCACCCGGAAACAGUAACCAGAGCUUUCGGAUUCACCCCAACGGCAGCUUAGAGAUCCACAAAGCGCAGCCCUGGAACUCCGGGGUCUACCUGUGCAUCGCAGUCAACAGGCGGCUCAGCUACAACGCCACGCAUGAGGUCAACGUCACCGUCCAUUACCCCAAGCACGAGGUGGAGUCCUUCAACACGGGCCUCACCACCCUCCUGGGCUGUGUGGUCAGCCUAGUCCUGGUCUUCAUUUAUCUCUAUAUGACUCCAUGUCGAUGCCUCCUCUGCUGUUCCAAACCCCCACAAACCCCCAGCCCUCCACAGGAAAGCAGCGCUCAGUCUUCCAUACUUUGUGUAACUCCACCAGUCUGCGAAGGGGCCAACAGCCGCAAGGUGGGAGCCAGCCGCCAUGUUGUCUUCUUAGAGCCAAUAAAAGAAGGACGAUCUAAAAAGAACCCAAAGAUCCUGCAGCUGCGGUCGGACUCGGACAGCUCUGUCUUCUCAGACUGCCCAAUUGUGCCGACAUAGAUGCAUGG